GAAAAGCAUAGAAUACGUAUUCUAAAAGUUUUAUUACAAUACAUCACAAUUCGUCGUUGACUAAUUGUACCAUAAGUCUUUAUUAAUUUCAAUUAAGGAGUUGUUAGCGAAGGAAUAGAGAGAGGCAUCGCGCAAUCAGGCAGUAAAUAACAAAAGUGUAAAAAAAAAUUAAUCAGGAAGCACUUGAAGCUAUUUAUUAAGCGGCAGAAUUCCUUUAGUUUAUAAAUACGGGCACAUUUCGAAAUAAUGGUGGACUUGAUUGCCUCUAUGAUAAAGCACAAUGUUUUGGAAGUGAUAUUUUCAUAUUUGGAUUUAAGUGAUCUAAGAAAUUGUGCCCUAGUGUGUAGAAGUUGGAACAAUUUUUUAGACGAUGAAAAUAGUGAUGUAUGGCGUUCACAUUGUAUGCGUAAGUUGCCAGAAGAAGCUUUAAAAUCGGAUCUUCUAUCGUCUGUGCCUACUUAUAAAAUGAAAUUGCGAGCCUUUUACCAUGCUUGGAAUCCUAAUGAUUGUUCAAGAAACGUUUACAUAAAACCUAAUGGAUUUACAUUGCAUCGCAAUCCUGUAGCUCAAAGUACUGACGCUUCGAGAGGAAAGAUUGGAUUUCGCCAGGGUCGCCAUACUUGGGAAGUAAUAUGGGAGGGCCCAUUAGGUACCGUCGCAGUAGUAGGCAUAUCCACAAAAGAAGCUGCUUUACAGUGUCACGGCUAUGUUGCCUUAUUAGGUUCAGACGAUCAAAGUUGGGGCUGGAAUUUAGUAGAAAACCAUUUACUCCACAACGGUGAUGCACAAGGCGGUUAUCCCUUAUUAAAUAAUGCCCCCAAGUAUCAGGUGGGUGAAAGAAUACGUGUUAUAUUAGACUGCGAUGAUAAUACAUUGUCUUUUGAAAAAAACUACGAGUUUUUAGGUGUAGCGUUUCGAGGUUUACCGGAUAAAAAAUUGUACCCUACUGUCUCCGCAGUUUAUGGCAAUACGGAGGUCUCUAUGGUUUACUUAGGGCCGCCUUUAGACGGUUAAAUAUUAUUCCAUUAAAUUAAGUAUAUCAUUUUUUAAAAAUUAUUCCUUUACAAACAAAAAUUUAAGCUAAACACAACUAAAAACUGAUGACACUAACAUUAAGCAAAAAAUGAAUUCUGCCCUUAAUAGUCUAUUAUCACUUUAUUUAAAUAUUGAAAUUGACUUCAUAUGAAAUUUCUUCAUAUAAAGAAAA